AUGGUUUCAGCGCCGGCGUUCUCCGCGCUUCUGCGUCUCUUGGGUUCGCCUCCGGAUCCAUCUCGACAGCCACGCUUGCCUUUGCUCCUCACUCUCUCCUUCACAGUUGCCUUUCUCUUGUUCCCCCCAGCGUCUCGCGUCCUCACGUCUCACGCUGUCUCGACUCAAACCACCUUCCACACUUCACAGACUUCGACGCACCCGCACCUUGCGUGUCCCUGCUUCGGCGCUUUCCCUCUCUCGCCGUUCUGUCCUGUCUCUGGCUGUCUCGCGUCUGGCUUCGCUCGGCUUCCCUGUGUGCAUGCGCCGCGUCGUGCGUCGUUUUCUCCCGCUCGCGUUUCGUCUCCUCGGUUUUCCUCUCUCCGUUCUCCUUCGGUGCGGUCGUCGUUGUCCCCCGCGGGGUGCCGUGGUCCUCCCGUCGCUUCUCCCUCUCCCAUCCGCUUCUGUCUGCUACCUUCCUGUUUUGCGCCCCCCCUUUCUCUUCUGAAAUCCUUCCCGUCUCGGUCCGGAUCCACUCAGCCGGAGAGGCGGCGAAACGCGACAAACCAUACACCGACGCGACGCUUCCUCCGUUCGACCUCUUCCCGUCUUUCGGCGCCGUUCCAUCCCGGGCUUUGUCCUUUUUCAACCGCUGCACUCGGUGUGUCUCCUCUGCAUUCCUCAUCCGAUUCCUCUCCGUCCAGUUUUUCUGUCUCGUUUCUCGCUUCUUCGUCUCGUGCGUCUUCUCCCCUUUCUCAGUGUUAUUCGUCUCCCGCUCCCCCGUCGGCUUCCGCUCCGUCGCCUCUCAGCUGUCUCCGGAGUGUCCUCGAUGCAGGGACUGUUGCGCUGCAGAGCCCGUUAUCGGAUGCGCAACUCACCGCCUUCUCGUCGCUCCUCGCCGUCGAUUACGGGACACACAAGAUGGGCAUGGCUCUGCUCUCGCUCACCGAUCCCCUGCUCGCGUCUGCGCACUUUCCCGCGUCUUCUUCUCCCUUCUGUCCGGGUAGCGUAGCCGACGAACUGGGAGAGAACUGCAGUUUGCGGAGAGACGCACGGAGAAGCGGCGCUUGUCCAGAAGGCGGAAAGACCGAGGGGAGCGAAGGGACAGGAGACGAACACGGAGAAAGAGAGGGAGAGAGCGAGCAUGACGCCAUGCGGCAGCAUCCGCACUGGGUGUUUGUUGAGGCGGAAAGAGACGCAGCGAGGAGAGAGAUGGCACGGAAAAAAAAGCGAGAGAAGGAGGAAAAAUGGAACGAAAUGAAGCGAGCGGGGCCUAUCGGCUUCCUGCUGAGAGGCUUAGAGGACGACGAGGAAAGCCGGGAGGAGAGCGCCGCGCCGGGAGAAGAACACGGAGGCCGCAGCAAGACAGAGAGAGACCCAUCAGGGAUACGCGACUGUGCACCGGUCGAGGCAAACGCCAAAGAUGAAGUUGCUUCUUCUCAACAGCUCCUACCAUGCCUCAGCCCUCGUUCGUCUUCUGAAGCACUUCCGUUCCCUUCGGUUUCCACCUCUCUGUAUGCGACCUCGCUUCUUCGGCUCUUUGCUCACGAAGGAUCCGUCGACGCAGCGGUUGCCAGAAUUUGCGCUGCGACAGCUUCUUACGGCGUGCGAGCAGUUCUUGUUGGACACCCCAGAAAUCCUCUUUUGUACCCUCGCUUGUCAGCGUUGACGCUUCGCUCUCUGCUUUGUCGGGAUUUCGCCGUGCUUCUCUCACGCGCGCUGCUCCAGCAGCAGUCCUUUCUGCCGCCUUCUGCGGCUCCAAAGGCGUCCAGCCAAGGCCCGAAGGCGACGCAGAGAGGCCGCGCCGAGCCCUCUAGACGCGCGAAAAAGGGAAACCAGACUGAUGCUUCGCCCGCCCUGCCCCCGGCCGUGUUUCUGUACGACGAGAGCCUAACCACUGCGGAGGCGCGACGCGCGCAGAAAGAAAGAAGCUCCAGGGGGGACUUUUUGGACAGCCAAAGUGCUGCCGUUCUCGGCCGGCGUUUCCUGGAUGAGAGAGGCGGAGGAGGGGCCCUCGUUCUCCCCACAGCGCGAACGUUCUUCUCUCCUUCUUUUUUUUCUGCACGUCGAAGCCUUUCCGACUUCCAGGAGUUUUAUCGCAGCCACCCUGCAAUCGUCGAACUCGCGAAAAACGUCCCUUGGGAGUUGCUGCUUUGA